UUUUUAAAAAGAAACACACUAAGUAAUCUAAUUCCAAAAUGGUAUUUUUUACACGUGGUAACUUAUGCAUUCUGAUUUAUUUUUAAAUUUUGUCUUUUUAGGAGCAAGAAGACAACUUCAGCACAUGUUCUCAGAACCAGUGAUAAUAGUCAUUAUUUUGGGGGUGUUGGCUGGUAUCAUUGGAAUUAUACUCCUUUUUGCUUAUGUUAUUGGCAAGCUAACUAAGAAACGUUCGCUUAAUGUGGAGCCCACAUUCUCACAUGACACAGACGCUCCUUUAAGUUCUGUAGAAACAAGAAAUCCAGAAAUAUAACCAAUGAGAAUCUGCUCACCAAGCCAAAUUUUGGAAGAACUAAAAGAUAUGAGACUUCAGUCAAGUGAAAAGUUAACAUGUAAUCUGAACAAUAAAUUGUAUACAUUCCUAAAUUGUACAAUUUCAGGAUGAAAAGUCCAUCCUAAAGAGCCCUUUGACUCAAUGAUGGAAAAUGCCUGUACUUGUUAAUAUUUCAAAAUGAAGAACAAAUAGUUUCUUUCAAGUAGUUGCUUUUGUGUGUUAACAUAAUUUUUAUAGUUAAUUGACUUGGAAUUCUCUUCUAUUGUAUUUUAAUAAUUGUGCUAUCAAAUGAAAGGCUUGUAAUAUUAUAGGUAAAAUCUAAGUUUUGUUUGCAUUCUAAACUUCUGAAUCUAUUUUCAUUUUAAAUAAAAUCCUACAAUUUCCUUCAUUACUGAACAAGCAAGAUAUGCUAAUGCACUAAUGGUGAUGAUAUUUUUAGUCACAAUAAUAAAGUGUGUACUUGGAAAUAAAUGCCUUGCAUACAUACAUACAUAUAUACAUAAAGACACAUGUGUGCACAGGCAUAGGCAUCGACAUAGAUAUAUAAAAUGACACUUACAUUCAUCCUUUAAUGCAUAAAUCAAUACAAAAAGUUUUUCCCAUU